CUGGGCUUGCUUGUAAUUGGCAGUCUUUCGGAGAUCAGCAUACCUGACCCUUCCAAUGCUGGUCGAUUUACACGGGCUUCACUCUUCGGCGCGUCCACGAACAUUCGCGUACCGAUCGCGGAUAGCCAUCUGCCGGUGCUCCAGCUCCUGCAACGUCUCGACCUUGACGCAUCACUAGAAGAUCCGUUGGCACACCGUUCCGAAGCUGUUCCGAAAGGACGCAAAUACGGGGUCCAGCAUCGCAGUCGCUUUACCUGAAGCAGCUGCUCGGCGGGAUUCUUUGGCUUUCCUUCGGCCCGCCUUACCCAACAUCGAGGCGCUGUGACAGACUACUAACAGAGAGCGUGCUCGAAGCAUCCGACCGCAGCCUUCCGCGCGACUCAGACUGAUCUCUUCUUCGGGCUCGGAUACGCAGGAUGGAUUGCUGUCUCAUUCUUGGCGGCUAUACGCGCCAAGCUGAGCACCAGUGCUGCAUAUCUCUCGAUUACCGGCAGCCUCGCGCCCGCCGCUUCCAACGAAGCUCGCUAGCCUGCUAGACCCACUCUCUUCAUCCAUUGCCUACUGCUCGAAUGGAGCGGGCCGAAGGACGUUGCGGUGGUGCACUCAAUAGCCUUGAUGUAGUGAUCGGUAUGGAUCAAUGUGAAUGAGGGAUCUCUUCGGGAACAGAAGUAAUUGCAUGCCAGUCACUCGGCAUACAGUCGGUGUGGCUGCCGACAGGGCUCUCGGCUGGCGCCAAGCUGAUGGUUCCAGCGCCACACAGUCAACAAGCUCACCAGACCGACUCUCCCGGGCAGCAGCGACGCGACGCUGGCUAGAGGUGGUACCUCUUGGCACCCAGUGCAGCCUCGAAGCGUUGUCGCGAAUGACGUCGCAUUGGGCAUUGCCCAUGUUGGGCACCCAGCAUCCCUCAGCCAUACACAAGAGCUCGGAUUAUCCACGCCAUGCUCGACUUGAGCACUGACUCCUUGGUAGACACACUCCUGAUGGUACACGCAAAGCACGUUACUGUGCGCCUCUCAUCGGCGAUGGACGAUUCUGUCAAAGACGGGCUGGCUACUCGCCAGAGGUAACGGGUACGCUCUUCUUCAGGCUCUCUCCUUUUGGGCAUCUGACUUCGCACGUCAUCUAUUGUAGUGUCGGCAGAAGAGUCAAGAUCAACGCCGACAUCCGAACCAACCGCACGUUUCGACGCCAGAUCGAGCUCUUGACUCUACUUUUGCGAUUGACAAUUAUGAGUGACUGAGACGUCCGCAAGCUAAUGGAAAGUACACGGGAAUAACCCAUUUGCCAACACGGAGAAUCUUGAAUGAUACCAAAAGUAGAUGAGUGGUCUGGUACCUCAAGCUCGGCCAGCAGCGCGACGCUCGCGCGCGGGCGGACCUUGCGCGCUCUUGAGUUCUACGCGCUCCCGUGUGGUGAGCAGCUAGGCACAAUGUUGACGCGGUCAAGAGCCGUAAGUGUGAGUCGUGGUCACCCUUACUUCCCAAUACGAGCUCAGACGAUUCACACUCACACUGCCCUCUUGAUCAUUCGUUUGCCACCUUCUGAAACAUCUAACGACUUGUCGAACGCAACAGCUCAAGCGCUCCCGCUCCCAUAGGUCGGCUGCCACCUCUGUCAUAAGCUCAUCCCUCCACUCCGUGUCGACGUGGCGGCUCCAGGCUGCUGUAGGAUUGAGCUCCGACAUCCAACUCAUCCUUGCGCUCCAACCAUCAU